CAGUGGGUGUCCACCACUGACCAUUUAAAUCUGUCCUGGCAAGGAAGGUCAGUGGGAUCCUGCUGGGCCCUGGAGGGUAAGGAGUGGGGUCUUUCUAUUCCUCCCCAGCUGAGGGACAAUGGCCAGACUCUGGCAGGCUCCGCAACUCCUGCUGGCCAUCCUGGUGGCCCUGAUGGUCCUCACUUACCAAGAAAAAAGGAAAACCUUUCUGAGUGUCAGAGAAGUUCCUGCAUCAGAGCCCUUUGUGACAGCCACCAUGGAGUAUGUGACCAAUGACUUCAACAAGAAGAGUGAUGACAAAUACAAUUUCCGGAUUGUGCGCAUCCUGAAGGUCCGGAAGCAGAUUACUGACCAUAUGGAGUAUCAUGUGAACAUGGAAAUGCGGCGGACCACCUGUCAAAAGCUUGAGACUACUAACUGCUCCUUUCAGGAAGGGGAGCUUUACAAGCAAAUUGUGUGCUUCUACUCAGUGUUUGUUGUUCCCUGGUUUGAAAAGUACAAAAUUCUGAACAAAAACUGCACGGAUGGCUAGGUGUCCUGGAGAAUGCACCUGCAAUCACUAUACAUGAAAGAAUCGUGCAAUA